CUCCGCCCCCUCUGCGUGCCGCGUCAUCAUCUAGCGCCCCCGCCAGGACGUGCGAAAAGCGACGGCGCAGCACGGUACGGCGCAGCUCUUGCUCGCCUUUCCCCUUGCUGGGCGAGAGGUGUCUAUGGGGCACCCGCUGCCGCCGCCGCUACCGCCACCGCCACCGCCGCCGGGUGCUGUCUCUAUGGCGAGGAGGAGGAGGAGGAGCGCGAGCUCAGCGACACAAGUACAUAAAUAAAGGAUAAAAUAUUUUAUGAAACAAAUCUUCAAUCAAGUAUAACAUUUUGAUGCUUGGCAUCUAAACUCCCUUGUGCCCUCACUAUGCCAGCGGCAACUGUAGAUCAUAGCCAAAGAAUUUGUGAAGUUUGGGCUUGCAACUUGGAUGAAGAGAUGAAGAAAAUUCGUCAGGUUAUCCGAAAAUAUAAUUACGUUGCUAUGGACACCGAGUUUCCAGGUGUGGUUGCAAGACCCAUUGGAGAAUUCAGGAGCAAUGCUGACUAUCAAUACCAACUAUUGCGGUGUAAUGUAGACUUAUUAAAGAUAAUUCAGCUAGGACUGACAUUUAUGAAUGAGCAAGGAGAAUACCCUCCAGGAACUUCAACUUGGCAGUUUAAUUUUAAAUUUAAUUUGACGGAGGAUAUGUAUGCCCAGGACUCUAUAGAGCUACUAACAACAUCUGGUAUCCAGUUUAAAAAACAUGAGGAGGAAGGAAUUGAGACCCAGUACUUUGCAGAACUUCUUAUGACUUCUGGAGUGGUCCUCUGUGAAGGGGUCAAAUGGUUGUCAUUUCAUAGUGGUUACGACUUUGGCUACUUAAUCAAAAUCCUCACCAACUCUAACUUGCCUGAAGAAGAACUUGACUUCUUUGAGAUCCUUCGAUUGUUUUUUCCUGUAAUUUAUGAUGUGAAGUACCUCAUGAAGAGCUGCAAAAAUCUCAAAGGUGGAUUACAGGAGGUGGCAGAACAGUUAGAGCUGGAACGGAUAGGACCACAACAUCAGGCAGGAUCUGAUUCAUUGCUCACAGGAAUGGCCUUUUUCAAAAUGAGAGAAAUGUUCUUUGAAGAUCAUAUUGAUGAUGCCAAAUAUUGUGGUCAUUUGUAUGGCCUUGGUUCUGGUUCAUCCUAUGUACAGAAUGGCACAGGGAAUGCAUAUGAAGAGGAAGCCAACAAGCAGUCAUGACAUGAAAUAGUCCUUUUAUUUUUAUUUUAUUUCGAGCUACACACAUGCUUGUAUAUAGGGUUUUAUCUCUGGUUGAAUCCCUUGAACAAUAGACAGUACCUUCCCCCCCCCUUUCAUGGCCCAUUUUAUUGUCCGCCUUUCACUACUAAGUAUGACCGUUCCUAUCUCAGAUCUUAAUAAAAAACAAAACAAAACAAAAAUGCAUUCAGGUUAAAUUUGGCCUUAAUUUAAUAUACUUGUUAGCAAGCGUGUGUGACAGAGAGUGGGGAAAGCUACAUCACUGAAUAUUUUGAUAAACUUUACCUACUUGAGUUUGGUUUAUUUUUCCCUUUUCCUAAAUUGACUAGCACUGACUGUAAUUUAUUUCCCUAUUUCAUGUCUCUCUCUUCCAUUCUGCAGGAGUUUUAGCUAUUUGAGAUUGUGGACCAUCAGUUUUGCACUUUAGAGAGUGUUUCUGACUCAAAACCUCUGUUUUAUCAAAAGUUUUGUUUUUUCUUGAUCUUAGCUGGAAAAAUGACCAUCUGCCAACUUUACACAGUAUUUACUUGGUUUUGACUCACAGAAUAUAGCAUAUUCAUUGUGCAAACUGUCGAUUCAGCGAAACUAAAAAAAAAGACAAGAAACUACUGAGGAGCUUAGUAACUGCUGUUUCUGUAUGUAGUGUUUAAUCUUCCAAGCACAUCUAGUGUCUGUCAGUUUCUAAUUGGCAUGUGUAGGCUGCUCUGUGACUGAAGAAUUUUCAAACCAGCUUUACACCCUUCAGGAAAAAUCCCUUGUGAUUGGAUAUUUAGUAUCUGCCAGGAAACUGGUACUCAAGAUGUUGAAGCCACAGUUAUUUUAUGAUAGCACACUUCCCUUGAUUUGCUUAUUUUUAUUCCAUCACCAUUUACCCUUGUCUUUUUUUAAAAUUUUAUUUUGUAGCCAUACUUAUGAUGCUCUUGAGUUGUUGGUUACACAAAUCAAUUUUAUUAAAAUCCAAAGAUAACAAGUCUUUAGGUAUAUUUUGUACCAGAUUAAAUUAGAAGACAAAAAUUGCGCUUUCAUAGUUGCUACAAAGGUAAAUAAUGGAGAGAUUUGGUACAAAACAACAAAUUAUAUAUAUAUAUAUAUUCUCAUAUAUAUAUAUAGCUAAUAAAAUUACCUGAGGAGUGUAAUGCUUGUUUAUUUUUUUGUGUAUAUCUUUGCAAUCUAUUUUAUAUAUAUUGACAAAAGAGACUGUGAAAUAUUUAGCCAUGCAGAAUGUGUGACCAGACCAGAGCAUGUGUAGGAAGACUUUGGUAAUCAUUAACUGUACCCUGAAAUGAUGGACUACAAGUUAUAAUGUGUGUUACCUACACUUCAAUCAGUAAUAUUAGCAAAUCUUCAAAUGUUAGUCACAUUGGUUUGUCUCCCUUGUACAUUCUUUAUUCAUGAUAUUACAGUGCUGUAACUGGGUGGUCCUUUUUAAACAAAACAUUAUUUGCAAAACAGAGGGUAUUAUUUGUUUUUAAAGCUUUUGUAAAUAAAGGCUUCAAAAUGUUUUCUUAUAAA